CGCCAUCUAGGGCGAUGUGUGCGAAGGAUGUCAAGAUUAUCACGUGAGUUAAGCGUGUUGCUUUCUUCAAACUCCUUUUUCAUCGUUUCCAAAGUAGUUCACGUAGGGGAUUCGCCCGGCGAUGGUGAUGGCCCUUGAACCCUUGAAGGGUCAAGAUACAAUGGUCAUGGACAAUUCAUCAAGGGAACGUGUUGCAGAAUCAUUCACAACCCAGGAAUCAUCUGUCGUUAAAAUUCCAGCAGUAAAUGUUUUACUUGAAUUUCUCAGCGCUACCAAUACAAUCUGUUUUAAUAAUAAUGGCAAUUUUUCCGUUACGGUACCGAAAUCAUGGAGCGCUAGUGAAUACUCUACCGAAAAAGAAAGAUGUCUAUUACUUUCUCAUGUAGUUAUGCCAAUGGAAAGUACUGAAUUUAUUCCUGUGUUGAAAAAAUCGGUAAUGCUUGAUACCAAUGGACAUAUUUAUUAUUACGUAUAUGGAAGACGAGUGAACAUCGAUCAAACAAGGCUGCCGCAAAUGCUGAGCGAAGCAACGUGGCUUUCAUCCAUUUUGCUUAAAUUUGAAUAUAUGUGCACAUGUGAAGGAUUAGGGACUGAAAAUGUUCCUUUCAUAGUACAAAAUGUUGCUUAUAAGGAUAGUCUUAAUAAUUGGCAUCAUAAUCAAUGUAGAUUAUUGUCAAAAAAUGGGAGAUGCGAUUUGUGUAAAAGACUAAGGAAAACCGUGUUGCAGAAGCAGGCACAAUUUAAGAAAUCCGAAAAAUCUAGUCGAAUUUCUAGUGCCUCAAAUCCUGCCGAUCAAAAGAAAUUAAAUGCCAUGAAAUCUAAAUUAAAUCGGGAACGGAGAUUGAAGAAUUGUGCCAAGUUAAGAUUGCAGUAUUUAACCGAUUCAUUAAAAGGAAAGCAAGAUGAAAUUGCUGCAAUUCAAGAUGAAUCGUUAGAAGAGAAAUGUCUCUCUUUAGAUAUUUCUGAGACACAAAAAAUUGCAAUGAAAGAAAUUAUUGCAGCUGCAAAGAAGGAUGUAAAGGGUCGACGAUACUCCGAAGACUGGAUCAUGCUGUGUCUCUUGUUGAAUGUCAGGUCUCCUACUUAUUACGAAUUUCUGCGGAAUAAUAAUGUGAUCCCAUUGCCAUGUGCAAAAACAAUUCGCAGUUAUCUUUCUGCCGUUGAUAAGGAAUGUACAUUUGAUGAGACGUUUUCGUCACAAUUACUCGGGCAGCACUCCAUAGUUGAAGAUUCAGUGUAGCAUUACGGAACUUCAAGAAAUUAUAAGAAACCUUGUGGCGGCUGAACUCUCACGCAAGUACGAUAAAAGUUAUUUCAAAGAGGCACUGUUUAUAUAAAUAAAAGAAAAGAUUAACGCCUACUUGGUCUUAAUCUUUUGUAUCGCGAGGUAGUAUAUUGAGUAACUGCUAGAAAAAAAGCCAAGGAGAAUAUGAGGUGGUGG